GAAAAAUAAAAAGAGACCCAAAAAGAAAAUAAUGAUAAUUCCAAAAGAACCCAAAACAAAAAACGCCCUUGAAAAACAUGAAUGACAUAAAUACCCCUUUUUCUCUCUAAUCAUCAAAGUCUGUAUUUCCUUUCUCAACCCUCGCCACCCUACACUCCCUCUUCUGCCCUUCUCUCUAAUUUCCCAAUCAAACCCUUUCCUCUUCCUUACCCUUCUCUCCUCUUUUUCUUUUCCGAUCUUCUCCUCAUAAUCUUUUACCCGCCUUUUUUUAAAUUGUCGUUUUUUUCUUCAUUCCUCUAUUUCCUUUUUAAAUAACAAUCGGCAAAAUAAAAAUCCCUAAUUCAAUUUCUCUACCACGAUCCGUACUCUGUCCUGUAAUUGUAGUCGUACCUUGUCUGAACCAUACUUAUGUAAUUUCAGUUCAGAUUUUCUGGUUUUGGUUGUUAAAGGUUGUUCUUUCUGGAGGUUAUGUUGUGGGUUUAAAGCUAGGGUUUUGGUUGCUUUUUUAUGCCAAGGCAUGUGGUAGUACUGCAGAAGGAUCAGUAUUGUUGACAUCAAUUUUGUUAAAUUAGUGGUUUGUUCUGGGGGGCUGAAUUAUUAAGAUUUUUUGACAAAUCAGGAUCGGCUUAUGCAAUGGCAAACCAUGAUUUGAUACUUGGACAAAGUCACAAUUUAGGGCUUAGGCAGAAUCAACAAUUGGUCUUAGAGCAUAAUCACAAUUUGGGUCUGGGCCAGAAUCAUGAUCUGGAAUUGGGUCAAGCACAUGAACAUCAUUUGGGUUUGGGGCAGACCCAUGACCAUGAUCUGGGUUUAGGACAUCCCCAUGACCAUGAAUUGGAUCUGGGACAGAGCGAUGACCAUGAAGGGGAUGCUGUUCAUAGCUAUGCGCAUGAGAACGAUUUAGGUAUGGAUCGCAAACCGGAUGCUGGUGAACAUGAGUUGGCCCUUCCACAGAACCACGAGUUAGCUUUAUCAGAGAACAAUGUAUUGGCUGUUUCAGAGCACCAAGAACUUGAUGAGAACCUCGAACUAGCUGUGGACCAGAGCCAGGAAAUGAGCAUGGAACCUGGUCAGGAUUUGUCCAUUGACCACUCCCAGUAUGCAGUCCAUUCUCCUGUCAUUCAGGCUCGUACCCUGGCUAUAGCCCCUAAUUAUGAGCUAUCAGUUGGGCAAGAAUUUCCAGAUGUCAUCAGCUGCCGCAGGGCAUUGAGGGAUACAGCCAUUGCUCUUCACUUUGAAAUGCAGACUAUAAAAUCGGACAAGACUCGUUUUACAGCUAAAUGUGCCAGUGAGGGAUGUCCCUGGCGAAUACAUGCGGCAAAGUUGCCAGGGGUUCCGACUUUCACCAUCAGGACCAUCCAUGAGACCCAUACUUGUGGAGGUAUUGCUCAUCUUGGCCACCAACAAGCCUCAGUUCAGUGGGUUGCGAACUCAGUGGAGCAACGGCUUAAGGAGAACCCUAAUUACAAGCCAAAGGAGAUCUUGGAAGAGAUCCACCGGGUACAUGGUAUCACUUUAUCAUACAAGCAAGCUUGGAGAGGCAAGGAGCGCAUUAUGGCUGCCAUGCGUGGAUCUUUCGAAGAAGGGUAUCGCUUGCUUCCGCAGUAUUGUGAUCAGAUUAAACGGACAAACCCUGGGAGUAUUGCAUCUGUGUAUGGAAACCCAACAGAUAAUUGCUUCCAGCGUCUCUUCAUCUCAUUUCAGGCAUCAAUUUACGGUUUUCUAAAUGCUUGCCGACCCCUCCUUGGACUUGAUAGGACAUUUUUGAAAAGUAAGUAUUUGGGUACUUUGCUGCUUGCUACCGGCUUUGAUGGGGAUGGUGCUCUUUUUCCUUUGGCAUUUGGUGUUGUUGAUGAGGAAAAUGAUGAAAAUUGGAUGUGGUUUCUGUCUGAACUCCAUAACCUCCUUGAGAUUAAUACAGAAAACAUGCCAAGGCUUACAAUUUUGUCAGACCGGCAAAAAGGCAUUGUUGAUGGAGUGGAAACAAAUUUUCCAACUGCUUUUCAUGGAUUUUGCAUGCGUCACUUGAGUGAAAGUUUCCGUAAAGAGUUUAAUAACACAAUGCUUGUCAACCUUCUAUGGGAAGCUGCUCAUGCUCUGACUGUCAUUGAAUUUGAGGCUAAAAUUCUAGAGAUUGAAGAGAUAUCACAAGAUGCUGCAUAUUGGAUACGAAGAAUUCCACCUCGGUUGUGGGCGACGGCUUAUUUUGAAGGGACUCGAUUUGGGCAUUUGACAGCUAAUAUUGUUGAAGCAUUGAAUAGUUGGAUAUUGGAAGCCUCUGGUCUUCCAAUAAUUCAGAUGAUGGAAUGCAUUAGGAGGCAACUAAUGACUUGGUUUAAUGAACGUCGAGAGACCAGCAUGCAGUGGACAUCAAUACUUGUGCCUUCUGCUGAGAGGCGUGUUGCAGAGGCACUUGAGCGUGCACACACUUAUCAGGUGCUUCGUGCAAAUGAAGCUGAGUUUGAGGUUAUCUCUCAUGAAGGAACACAUAUUGUGGACAUUAGAAACCGAUGUUGUCAUUGCAGGGGAUGGCAGCUGUAUGGCUUGCCCUGUGCACAUGCAGUGGCAGCACUUCUCUCUUGCAGGCAGAAUGUGCAUCGGUUCACUGAGAGUUGUUUUACUGUAGCAACAUAUCGAAAAACAUACUCGCAAACUAUUCAUCCAAUUCCAGAUAAAAGUCUCUGGAAAGAGUUGUCGGAAGGUGACCCAAAUUUUAACAAGAAUGUUGAGGUUAUCAUUAAUCCACCCAAAUCACUUCGUCCGCCUGGUCGACCAAGAAAGAAACGAGUCCGAGCAGAAGACCGUGGCCGUGUGAAGCGAGUUGUGCAUUGUAGUCGCUGCAACCAAACAGGCCAUUUUAGAACAACAUGUGCGGCACCCAUCUAAUUUGCAGCUGUUAAAAUGUUUUAACAGCCAUUGUAUUUGGUCCCCUUUGUGCAAAAGUUUUUUUUUAGGUUUGUAGUAUUCUUGUAGUUUCUAAUAGUUAUUAGCCUGCAGGUAGAAGCUUUACUUGUUUUCUUUGACGGUCAGGCAAUUUAAGUUCACGGUCCUCAAUCCAGUAUGGAUGAUUGAAUCCUUUAUGAAUGAUGACCUCAAUAAUACAAUGUUAUGGAGGAUGCAUUUGUAA